AUGUCGCCGCCUUGCACAGCAACGGCUGUGAGAGAUGCAGGACUACUGAAUGGCCCUCAAGGCCAAGGAUAUCCAGGCAUACCUCGGCAGCAACGAAUCGAAGAAGCUCUGCCCUGCGAUCAGGGCGAUCUACGGUCCUCGACCAAAGGAGCUGCACUGCUUCUCAGCUCCGAUGGAUCAACACUGGUGACGGAGAAGUCACCGAUUCUGGUACGCUGGGCGGAACACUUCAGAAGCUUCCUCAACUGUCCUUCCACAAUCUCCGACACCGCCAACGACCGGCUCCCUCAAGUGGAAAUCGCUGUCGACUUGGGCCUCCUGUCCUCCCUUUCGGAAACCAUUCGUACCGCGCAACAACUCUUCAACGGAAAAGCAACAGGCUCCGACAUAAUCCCAGUCGAAAUCUAA